CGUCAGCUCAUUCCCCCUACGCAGUUUUCUUCUGUCAAGCAAGCCGCUUGUACUCGUAAUUGCGAUUCUAGCUUUCUCGCACCCGUCUAGCAGCUAUGACGACUAAGCCUUCUGAUGCGCCAUGGGCAGACGAGCCUUACAAGCUGCUGGCCACUCCAUCGCAGGCCAACCACGACGAGCAUGCCUACUUAUACACCGCAUCUGAGAUGACGCACGCGCACAAUGCGGUCAUCCGCGGAUUGAAUGCUAUCGUGCAACAAGCACCGCAUGUUCCCGAUGCUACGGACAAAGCCUACAACGAGCGUGAUGUCAAGGAUCUUCUGUUCUAUGUCAAAUCAUGGACAAAGAUGGUGAACCAUCAUCACUGGGUCGAGGAGUCCUUCAUCUUUCCCGAGAUUGAGAAAAUCCCCGGUUGUUCUGGCAUGACGAAAGAUCCUCGCCAUCAACACGAUCUUUUCCACCCCGGAAUGGACCGUUUGCUAGCCUAUGCCGAGAGCACAAAGCCAGCCGAGUACCGUUGGAACGGCGACGAUGGAAUGAAGGAGAUCAUCGAUUCUUUCGCUCAAUACCUCACAGAUCAUCUACACGCCGAGAUUGAUGUAUUCCUCGGCAUGAAGGACGUUGACAGUGCUAGCCUACGUCGUGCUUGGGACCACGGAGAGGUUGUCGCAAAGCAGACCGGGAACAUUGGCAUGCUGUACGACGUAUUUCCGGCCGUGCUGGGAGCGAUUGACAAGACCUACGAAGGCGGCCACCCAUUCCCGCCGCUUCCAUGGGUACUUCCAUAUCUCAUCAAGUACUGGUUCGCGGCGGGUAAUGGCGCCUGGCGUUUCAAUCCAUGUGACUUUUGGGGGCGUCCGCGGCCAUUGCACUUCGCUCUUCAGCCGCGGCUUUGAUGAGUGAGUUGGUCCUGAAGGUGAUGGAGUAGGACAGAGGCUGAUCACGUUCCAGCGCCGCAGAUUGUCGCCGAUGGUACUUGCAGCGUCACG